UCAAGGUUGAGAAACACGGAUUUCUAAGCAAAGAAAGUCAGGGUGAUUGAGAAGGUGGAGAGAGGAGUGCUGGGGAAGGCUUUCUAACCUAGCCUUUGGAUCCCAAAUCCCCAUAACGACAGUACAGGGAGUCCUCGACGUACGGCCGAAAUUGAGCAAGACCCUUAGGUGAGUUUUGACCCAUUUUACGACCUCCCCUGCCACAGCCAUUAAGUGAAUCACUGCAGUUGUGGAGUGAAACCUGGCUUCCUCACUGACUUGGCUGGUCAGAAGCUCACAAAAAAGGGGGGAUCACAUGACCCCGGGAUGCUGCAACCAUCGCGGCGGUCGCCAAGCACCCCACUUUUGAUCACGUGACCGUGGGGUCAUACUUGUGAAAAACGGUCUUUUUUUUCCCCCCCCAGCCGCACAACAGUACAUAAAUGGUUGUAAGCUCAUGUCUUCCCACCUGAUAUGGCUUAAUAGAAAACCAAAGUCCAAUUGAGUUAUCAUUCUCAGCACCUGGUGGUGCCCUUUCCCAAAAUGUCCGACUGAAAACAAGCGGGGCAGCCGUCUCCUUCGUGGACCCUAAAUCGCGGCCAAUUGCAAUCACGACGGCUGGGUUUGUGCCAUGUGCAGCUCACCAAAGACAGACGUAAUGUGUUGGCCCGGUUCGUGCAGUGUGGAAAGGCGAAAUGUGGAUUGCGUUUCAAUUUGGCUAAGUCAGGGUGUGAUGCGCAGUAGUUACGCAAACGGCCUUUUUGGGAGCAAAUUCCACAGUUGUCUGUCUGCUGAUUGAAAGAGGAUUUCCUUCUGUCUCCAAAUCCUGCAGAACUCUCUUCCUGUCUGAAAGGUUAAGCUGUCUCCCCCCUAGGGCAGGGGGGGUCUUCAAACUUGGCCCCUUUAGGACUUGUGGAACUUCAACUCCCAGAAUUCCUCAGCCAGCUUGCCCUGCCCUACGGUGUGGGUUUUGUAACAUUAUUAUUAAAUGGAAGACUUGUUGCUGCCCAUUAGCCAAAUUCUAAUAUUAUGGGGUGGGAGUGUAAACAGAAGUUCUGCCAUCUUCUCUCCCCUUCAAAGUGGCCCCCAUUUUAUUCGAAGCCUGUAUUCCCAGCCACGAGGACUAGAAACAUGACCUGAAAAUCCUUGGGACCCAUUGCUUACAUCCGCGUGUUUAUUUCAGCCUGCUAGUUUGUGCAGUGUUUUUAUGUUUGCUUGCUUGGCACAGGACUUGGCUCUCCGUUCAGAAAUUCUGGCCGAGUGCCAGUUCCGGUCAUUCUGGUUGGAAAGCCUUGGCCUGCUUUUCCAGCUGUUUCCUAGAAUAGAUCCGCAGAGACCCUCAAAAGCCUAUUUUUUUCAGAUCCAGUUGAGCUUGAGCAAAAACCCUACCAAAAGGCUGUCCAGCUUUUCCAGGCUAAUCCCUCGCAGCAAAACCGGCCACCAAGUUAAUAUUUUGCCUAUAAACCGGAUUCUUCAAACGCCACAACGCUUUUUUUUUGCGUGUCGUGCAAGGCAGAAGACCCGAGUUAACGAAACAGUCGUUUACGAACACAGAUCCCGUCUGGAACGUUCCUUGCAGAAAGAACGCAGCGAGCACAAGAAAACAAAAGAAGAUUUUUUAGUAUACAAACUGGAGGCUCAGGAAGCACUCAAUAAAGAAAAGCAAGAUUCUAUGAACAGAUAUGGUGCCUUAAGUUCACAGCACAAGAUACUGAAGAACCAACACGAAGAAGUCAAGAAGCAGUUUUUGGACCUGCAGCUCCAACACAACGGGCUGAAACUGGAGCAUCGCAAGGCGGUGGAGACUCACAGCCAGAAGUAUUCCCAGUUGCAGAGGGAGAAGGCGAAUGAGGUGGUGGGAUUACAAGAUACUAUUUUUAAACUAAGGGAGGAAAGCAAACUACUUCGCAAAGCUCACCAGGAUGUUCACUCGCAGCUCCUCAAUGCUCAGGUCCAGAUGGAAGAGUUCCGGAAACUCAAGGAAACCUUUCAGAAGAUGCCAAGUUUUAAGGAUGCAGGAACAGCCAAAGAGCAGCAGAUGCCACAGCGUUAUGGUCGGCCUCCGGGAUCGAGCGUGUUGCAGUUUGCUAGACCCAUGGCUUCCAAGGGCGAUGGCAUUAAAGCACCUUUGGGACCUCAGGACCAAGCUGUGGUUCCAGGUGGGAACUCUUUUGCCAUUCCACCCCCUGGGAUCAAACGUCAAGAAGAGAACCUGGUGCACGAAAACCGUAUUUCACAUAACAAUGGAGCCAGACCCCAAGGGGACAAGCUGUUUGGUCAACUGGCCCCACCUAAGGAAGUUAAUUUGCCUUUUGCAGCUCAGCCACCAGCCCAGCAUAAAGAUGCACCCAUGGUUCGUUACACCCGGAUGAUGAAUAGUGUGCAGAACCAGGAUCCAGAAGCAGGGCAGAACACGCGGGGGCAACAUCCAGCCACUUUGGAGGAAAGUCGGGUUUCAGAAGAAAAACUCUCCAACAAGCAGAAGCAACAGGUGCAGAGCUUGCAAGAGAGAGUCAGCAAAGGCAACUUGCAGAUGAACGAUGGGAGAGUUUUUCCUUACCCACAAAGCUAUCGACUGGAUGCCACCGUAUCUGAGCAAGGCAGGACAGAUGGCAGUCAAGCACAGACAAGGGGGCCUCGGCACACCAUCUGGGGAACUGAAAAAGGAGGAGCAGAUGACAGAGAUCUGCACGCCGACGCUGGCCUGAUGAAGAAAGAAAACCACACAUACCUACAGAAGGAAGCAAUUAUCCAGAAACAGAUGGGACCUAAAGAUGUUGCUGAUCCAGCUCAGGAUCCCAACAAUCAAGGAGAAGAUGAGUUUGAGGAGGCAGAACUGGAACGGCCCGGCUUCGAAGAAAAAACGGAUCCGGCUGAACAAACCCGCCAGACAAAUCGGCCGGCGAACGCUGUGAGCAAGGAAAAGCUUCCGGGAGCUGAUCGGCCAAAUAAAGCCACCGACAGUUUAAUGGAUGAUUAUCAAGAGGAUCAAGAACAAGAUCCUGAGGACCAUGGAGGCGAGGUCGGUGACCCUGAAGAUUUGGAACAGUUCCAUCAACCCAAAGGCCAUGUUGGAGAUGUUGACCGAAAAGAGGACUACUUUUGACCAUGGGCUGGGAGGCAGCACCAAGCCACCAAGUCUGAUCCAAACCAAAGACUGACUGUUGCAAUAAACUUGGGCUACUUUAGUUGAAACUGCCCAGAGAGGUGGAAAGUUAAUUCCCAUCUGUCUUCAGAAAGUCACUGGCUGCGUUGACCAAUGGAGAUACGAUAUUUCCCCACCUCCUGUUAGUGAGGGCAGGACUGACACGCAGUGCCAACCUGCCCGAAUGCUACCGUGAAUACAAACAUCAGAAUGUUUCUUCAGGGGGGUAAGGAGCUCAAAAUAUCAAAAAAUCAAGGAUUGUUUUUUUUUUCCCUUUGGAAGACUCCUAUCCUCUUACUCUCACUUGGACCAUAGGCAAAGCCUUGAUGUAACGCAGAAGUACUGUUACAGUUUGGGCUACUUGCGUUUCCUUCGGCCCCGUUUCAGAUUUACCUGACUUCCGUUCCGAGCAACCUCAUCACCUUUCUAUGUAUGUACAUAUAUAAAAAGAGGGUCUAUUUGGUAA